GUGCGCGAACGCGCGCAGGCCCGGGAGGAGGCUCCCGAGCGAGUGGGUCCCGGCGGCCGCAGCCCGCUCCCCGCGGCCCCGAUGUGAGGGAGUCGGGGAGGCCAGCGGUGCGGCAGGGGAGGGCGAGGCAUGUGCACGGGCCGGGGGGUACAGCAGCCGCCCGAGGACGAGGGGGACGGCGGAGGCGAGGAGGAGAGCGGGGGGCUCGCGGCGGCGGGUCCGGGCCGAGGGGAUGCAGUGGACUGCGUGUGUCUGGCUGUAGCGGGAGAGAGGAAGCGACGAGGCGCGGGGGACCCGCGUGAGGGGCGACCAGGAGGCGGCGGCGGCGGCGGCGGCGGCGAGGAGUAGCGGCGGGACCGGCGGCGAGGGCAGCACUGCCAUGCACGUUCCUCUCCCGCGGCCAUGUUAACCAGGAAACCUUCGGCCGCCGCUCCCGCCGCCUACCCGACCGGCCGAGGAGGGGACACCGCCGUUCGCCAGCUUCAGGCUUCCCCGGGGAUCGGCGCGGGGGCUCCCCGAAGCGGAGUGGGGACCGGCCCACCCUCCCCCAUCGCCCUGCCGCCUCUCCGGGCCAGCAACGCUACCACUACAUCCCACACGAUUGGCGGCGGUAAGCACACCAUGAAUGACCACCUCCACAUCAGCCACAGCCACGGACAGAUCCAGGUUCAGCAGCUGUUCGAGGACAACAGUAACAAAAGGACAGUGCUCACAACCCAACCCAAUGGGCUUACGACGGUGGGCAAGACGGGCUUGCCUGUGGUGCCUGAGCGGCAGCUGGAGAGCAUUCACAGACGGCAGGGGAGUUCCACCUCUCUGAAGUCCAUGGAAGGCAUGGGGAAGGUAAAAGCCAGCCCCAUGACACCUGAACAAGCGAUGAAGCAAUACAUUCAAAAACUCACAGCCUUCGAACACCACGAGAUUUUCAGCUACCCCGAAAUCUACUUCUUGGGUCCAAAUGCAAAGAAGCGCCAAGGCAUGACAGGUGGACCCAACAAUGGCGGUUAUGAUGACGACCAGGGAUCAUACGUGCAGGUGCCCCACGAUCACGUGGCUUACAGGUACGAGGUCCUCAAAGUCAUCGGGAAGGGGAGCUUUGGGCAGGUGGUCAAGGCCUAUGACCACAAAGUCCACCAGCACGUGGCCCUGAAGAUGGUGCGGAACGAGAAGCGCUUCCACCGGCAGGCGGCAGAGGAGAUCCGGAUCUUGGAACACCUACGGAAGCAGGACAAGGACAACACCAUGAACGUCAUUCACAUGCUGGAGAACUUCACCUUCCGCAACCAUAUCUGCAUGACGUUCGAGCUGCUGAGCAUGAACCUCUAUGAGCUCAUCAAGAAGAAUAAGUUCCAAGGCUUCAGCCUGCCUCUGGUGCGCAAGUUCGCCCACUCCAUUCUGCAGUGCUUGGAUGCUUUGCACAAAAACAGAAUAAUCCACUGUGACCUUAAGCCCGAGAACAUUUUGUUAAAGCAGCAGGGUCGGAGCAGUAUUAAAGUGAUUGACUUUGGCUCCAGUUGUUAUGAGCACCAGCGCGUCUACACGUACAUCCAGUCGCGCUUUUACCGGGCUCCGGAAGUGAUCCUUGGAGCCAGGUAUGGCAUGCCCAUUGACAUGUGGAGCCUGGGUUGCAUCCUCGCGGAACUUCUGACGGGUUACCCCCUCUUGCCUGGGGAGGAUGAAGGGGACCAGCUAGCUUGUAUGAUCGAGCUUUUGGGCAUGCCCUCUCAAAAACUCCUGGAUGCUUCCAAACGAGCCAAAAAUUUCGUGAGCUCUAAGGGUUACCCCCGAUACUGCACUGUUACAACUCUUUCGGAUGGCUCUGUGGUACUCAACGGAGGCAGAUCCCGGAGAGGGAAACUGAGGGGUCCGCCAGAGAGCAGAGAGUGGGGGAAUGCACUGAAGGGAUGUGAUGAUCCUCUUUUCCUUGACUUCUUAAAACAGUGUUUGGAGUGGGAUCCCGCGGUCCGAAUGACCCCGGGACAGGCUCUACGGCACCCGUGGCUUAGGAGGCGUUUGCCAAAGCCUCCGACCGGGGAGAAGACUGCGGUGAAGAGGGUCACAGAGAGUACUGGUGCUAUCACCUCCAUUUCCAAGUUACCUCCACCUUCCAGCUCAGCUUCCAAGCUGAGGACUAAUUUGGCACAGAUGACAGAUGCCAAUGGGAAUAUUCAGCAGAGGACAGUGUUGCCGAAACUCGUUAGCUGAGCUCCAGUCCCCUGAUGCUGGCAAUCUGAAAACCGCGUUAUAGCUGAGCCUUACUGGGUUGAAAAGGUGUAGCUCAGACCUGUUUUUAUUUGCUCAAUAACUCGACUCAUUUGUAUCUUUUCAGCACUUGAUGUAAGACUGUUUUUGUUUUUAUAAAAUACACGGGGACAAUGCUUUAAGUUUUUAUACUUUCUGAAACCUUUUUUGUUUUUGUUUUUUUGUUUUUUUUUUUUUUUUUUGUUUUUGUUUUCCUUCCUUGUGUUCAAAAAAUACGAUGAGCCUUACUGUAUUUAGUGUGGCAGAGUAAUCACAUCGGUGGCAGGCCAUUGAUUCUUCAUGACUGCCACACAUUUACAGAUUGGUCAAACUCAUUCACUCUGUUUUCAUGGUUCUUCCUGCUCCCCAGGGAGGUGGCCCCAGAGGCCCUCCUUCCCUCUCCUGGCUCCAGGUUCCCACGGAAGCCGCACACCUUGGCCCAGUUCUCCAUGAAUUAAUCUGGGUCAGAGCGGAGGAGGAGGAAGGGGGUCAGGGGUGAAAAUCUCUUAAGGAAAACUGCACUUUAGAGAUUUUCUAUUUCCUCACCGUCUCUUCAAAUGAUUACAAAAUAGGAAUGCCCGCCUUCAACUGCCCACUUAGCAUUCUGAUGUUCUUAAGCCACCCAGCAGCAUUUAGUGGCCAAGUGGAGUCCGAGAUGUGUGAGUUCCCCCCCUUGAGGCUCUGGGAUGGUGGGGGGCUGUCACGAUCAGGAAGCCUUCUGGUUACGGAAUUGCUUUUGCAUCCCAUUUUAAGGACCUCUCCCCAACACUGCGCCCUGCUACCUUUUCUCUUCCACCACACACAUCUGUUGCCCGCAUUUAGUUUGCCCUUGGUCUUCAGCUGUCCAUCCCAGACCGGUAACACACAUUUGAGACACAUUUGAGCCGCCAUUAUGGUCAUGGUUUCGAAUCCCAGUUUCCAAAAGAACCUCGGCCUGGCUACCUAAGGUGGGGAUUCCCAUAGUUCCAAAGAAGAGUUAGCCGACCGACUGGAGUCAGUCCGCGCUGCAGGUGCCACAGAGGUUCCCUCAGCCUGGGGAAGCGUCAGCUCUUUCGUUAGAAAGAAAAGGGGUUGGAAAGGGAGGAGAAAUUCCACGUCAAGUUAAAUGGUCUGACUUAUUCUCUCCUUCACUAGAAGAGCCACGGGGGAGGGGAAAAUGGUUCCUCUGUUUAGUUGACUUUCUUUUGAAUCGCACUGAGUGGUUUUUUUUUUUUGUUGUUGUUGUUUUUUUGCUUUUUUGGGGGGUUUUUUUGGUUUUUUUUUGGUGGGGAAUGACGCUUUACCUGAGAGAGUAACUGAGAGUUAGGUAAAAGAAUAUUUUCUUCUCUGAAUAAUAAUUAUUUUCACAGUGAAAAUUUCAGUAUUUUAUCACUAAUGUAUGAAGUGAUAUAUAUCAAUUUCAAGGCACGUGGGAAGAAUUUUUUUAGUAUGUGCAAUUUAAUAGAGAAAGAUUUCUGCCUGUUUGGACAAUAGGUUUUGGAUAGUAAAAAUUAGGAUAAAUAAUCUUUUAUAUGCACAGAUAUUAUUGUAUUGCCUGUAAAUCGAUUUACAAGUACUUAAAGCAUGGUCCCCAGUGAGGCCAAGAAAGUUUCUGGUUACGUUUUUUUUUUUUAAUUCUGUUUUCUCUUACUUAAAAAAAAAAAAAAGAAUAGAAAAAGAAAAAAAAUAGAAAGUGUCAUUUUGAAUAAAACAUUUUUCUUAUCUUGAGGCUUUGCCAGUUGAUGGUGGAAAAAUAUGCUCAGGAAUUAUUUCAAAUAUUUGCCAAAAAUCAGUAAUAAGAUUAGCUUAUUAAUAAGUUAGUAAUCUCACUGUUUGCUUUACUAUUUAAGGAUGUCAUUGAUAAAUUAAUUUGUACCUCUGUACUUAGCAAAUUGUAGCUUAUUUCCCUUAGUCAAAUUCUUUGGCAUACUAUACACAGUUCUGUGUAAUCUGUGAAGUGCAAUAAUACGUCAGUAAGUUACAUAAUGAUUCUCAUGUGACAGUGCCCCCAAUCAGUGGCUUAUAGGGCUUAAAAAUUGUGUAUUUAUUUUUUGAAACUUGGCUUAAAGGCAUAAGAAAUAUACAGAGUUGGUCUGGGGACUUUGUAAAGCUACAAGUCUCUUAAUGAUGGUUAUUGUCUUUCGGUCAUUAAAAGAAAUUUUUAAAAAUGGAAGCUGUUCCCCCUUCCAAGGCCCCCUUUCUCUGUUCUCACUUAGUUGCUAUGGGAACCUGAGCCUGACAUUACUAACUCCCCUAGACCGUCACUAGACCUGCAACAGUUUAGAAGUGGACGAAGACCGCUUGUCUUUCCCCUACCACACAAUACUGGUUCUUCGUGGAUGCCAGCAGGCCAUUUGUCAUGAGCUUUACCCGUACACGGAACCGGAAACUUUAAAGCAAACUAUUAUGUGCAGUGCUACAAGGCUUUUUUUUUUUUCUCCUCCUUUCCCCCAACUACAGUGAAAUUUCCUUUAUUCAUAAAAACCGUCUCAGCAUUUUUACUGAUACGGCUGCUUCGAGGAGACUCCUACUUAAUUAUUGUGUCUAAAAUGAAACUGUUGCCUCUUCAUGAUCUUAACCUAAAUAAAGGGCUCUGAUAGGCUACUGGGAGUUGGCUUGGAAACAGUCUUUGGUCUCACAGGUUACCAUUGUCUAGGGAUGUCUGAGCUGUUUUCAGAUUUAGGAAUAGCACAGUGUCGUCUUGUCUCUGGUUGCAGUCUCACUUGGCGCUGUUUCUUGCACUACCAGAGUGUUCUUAGCACAACGGUGGAACACGCAGGGAUGCGAGGCAGUGUAGAUUAACAUCGCAGAGGAGGAAUUGUGCCCUUAGUGUUAAUGUGCCUUUUGUUCUGAAUGCCAUGUUACGGGGCAUGCAUUUUUUUGGCCUCUUUGACUCUUUGAAUGAGAGGUAGUAAAGGUGGAAGCCGCCUCUGCAAAGAUAACAUCUGUCUUAAAUAUCUAGAUUUAUAGGCCUUAAUAGAAACCAUAAGGCGGGAGUCGUCACUGGGCGCUGAGCAAGAUUAACUAUUGGUUAACUACACCAGGAAUUCCCAUGUUUAAGAGGUUAAAGAUGGUCUUUCUUGUAUCUUAACAUCAGACUGAUUUUUUAAAUGAUACUUUCUUUGUUAGGCUAACACUAGACAAAAAUCAACUGUAUUUGUAAAAAUUUACCUCAAAACCAUUUAAUUUUAUAGUGUGAUUAAUCCCAGGGCAUUUGGUCUGAACCAAAGUGCAUUCUUUUUUUUAAUGUGCCUGGCUCAAAUAAGGAGGGCCAGGGAUUUUUACAAUUUGGGUGCAUGGCACUUAAGCCACUUUUAAACUUACUGGGUGAUGUGGAGCCCUGUUAGGUGACUCCAUCAGAAGGCUGGGAAAAACACUUUAGGCAUCAGUAGCAUUGGGCCAUAUUGGAAUCUUAAAAAGUGUGAAUUAUUUUAAAGAGAACAUUCAUUUUUGUAAUUUUUUUUCAUCAAGAAUAUUUCUGGUAAGCAGAAGAUUUUUUUUUUGAAAUUAAAAAAAAAAUCAACUGAUUCGGUUGGUAAAGGUUUUGAUAUCGCCCAACAUGAUGCUGUGGUAGCAUUGAAAAAAAAAAAAAAACAAAAGUAUUUGUGGACUCUGUUUUUUAGGGGCUUGUACAUCUCUCUGCAACCGACAUAUAUACGAUACAUGAUACAUUGUAAUUCUAUCGGCUCAACUGCUGCAGUUCUGUCUAGGCAGGGGCUUGGGUUUUUAUCGAGCAACAACUUAGACACGUGACUAAUAAUGAUGCUGCAACUGUGUGUACUGAAAAACAUGUGAAAUGGUUGAAUGUGGACUGUGUAUAUAUGUAUGUACAGAUUUCUGUGAGAUGCUGCUGUUGCCACUUAACAUGGAAAGUGUUCUAGUGGGUUUGAAUCCUAGUGGCCAGUUCUAUGAUACUGUAUGCAUUGUACAGCCGGAAGCAGAAGUAAAGACUGUUUAGUGAAUAUUUGUUAAAUUUUAUUGUUGUGGCCAGAGAUAAUUUCAGAAUAAAAUUUUAAUGUCCUACCUUA